CCGCGCGACUUUCUUCUAAGCCAUGCAAGUUCCUCCAUCCAGGACAAAGUAAUAACAUUUGCGAGGCAUCCGAAGGUUGUCUCCGCGACGCAACACAAGCCGCCGUCGACACGACGCCGGGACCUCAAAAGGCCUGCCAGGUGGUCGGUCUUCAGAGUGCUUCAGAGUGCACAUCAUCGAUGCCAGCUAAUAGCAGAGGCUGUGAUACGUCGCCUAUUUCACGCGGCCCGUGCCGAGGCAUAUUAGACCUGGCGUACUUGGCCUCCGACCUGACCUGGGCCGAGAAACGAGCAAAACCCGGGCCCCUUCCUCGAUCCAUAGCAGCAGCAUAUCCCUCGCCGCCCAUGUCAGACUCGCCUCCUUCUUUCAAGCCCCACGCGACGCAAGACGCUGGGGAUCGAGACAGACAACAGAGGAACUACCCAACCGCCGCCGGCCCGCAAGAUGCCUACUGGGUGGGGUCCACAACAUUGACACAGGGUCCCAUGCAAGGAGGACAGCCGCCGAUGCAGCCGCCAAUGCAGCCGCCAAUGCAACCGCCCCAUGCGCAACCGUACAUGCCCGAGACGUCUGAAAGGAUGACGCACGCCUAUCCUCGAGCAGACGAUGCUGCUGCGCCAGGAAGCAUCAGCACGUUUCCAUCGCACAUGACGGGGCAACAACAUAUGCAGCAGCGGCCGUUUUCAUACCCGGCCAUGCCGGGCCCGUUGCCUCCCCCUCCUACGCCAGGCUAUCCGGCUCCCACGCCAUCAUCGCAAUCGACCACCGAAGAUACUCCGCCCAUUGCCUCUCCGAAAUCCCAAAGGAAGCCGAAAGGGCAUGUUGCGUCAGCAUGUGUGCCCUGUAAGAAGGCCCAUCUCAGAUGUGACGCUCGACGCCCGUGUUCUCGAUGCACAAGUAACGGAAAGGAAGACGCAUGCAUUGACGUGCAACACAAGAAACGCGGCCGGCCGCGGUUACGAGACGACCGAGAAAGCCGGCUAGGUCCAGCCAAUUAUCCCCAAGAUGCUGGUGGAGUGAGAAGGCCUCUCAGCCUGUAUUCUUCGGGCGGGCCAGUUACAGGGGAACCAAUCGCGCCUAGGUAUCUUGAACGAGCCGCCUCGACCGAUGCGAAUAUCUACGUGCCGUCGCCGGUCCCGACCCUGGCACCGGAGCCAGUGGCUUUCCUCAGUCCCGACCUGCAUAUCGUCAAGGUGUCUCCCACCUUCAUCGACGCACUCGGUGUCGCCAAUAUACGGGGCAGGAAUCUGUUCGACAUCGUCACGUCGGCAGAUAGGGCGAAGAUUCAGAGACAUCAGCAGUCGAUGCAAGAAGACCGCGCCAGGAACGAUCCGAUGUACUUGCCCCCGAUUUUCGGAAAGCAGGAAGAAGAGCGAGUGCUGGAUACGCUGCGGUUCGACGCAGAUGAACUGUCACGAAUCCAGAUGGAUCGCCGUGAUGUCCUCGUCUUUGCGGGUCCGGAAGGACAGCCGAGGUCUUUCAGCGUGCGCAUGGGGACAGCCAAACGGGAUUCGAUCUACUUUGUCGCUGUCCUCUUACAGCUGCCCGUAGGCUUUCCCUAUCCCACCCCGUCCCCCCAGGGAAGAGAGGCAAGCUACCCCUCGUACACCCCGCUGCCGCUUCCUCAUCAGCAACACCAGCAGCACCAACCGCAUCCGAAGCAGCAAUAUCAUCUCUCCUACGGUCAGCCUACGCCCUUGUCUGCCAAUUUCGACAUGAAUAGGCAAAGAUUUGGGGAAAGCGCAUUGGCGCCGCGGCCGAGUCCCGGGCACCCCCCCCACAUGACGGCCGGUCCGAGUCCAGGGCUGAGCCCGGGCCCCAGUCCUGUAUUUAGCACAGGCGGUAUGUCCGGCCCGUAUGGUGCGUCUCCCGGCCGGCCGGAUUUUGUCUCGGGGCCUUCGUCUAGUCAGGGACCUCGCAACGACCUAUUAUCGAACGCACGGCCGCCACCACCACACCACCCUUCGUAUCAGCUUCCUCCGAUUCGAUCUCCACCACAACAUGGCAUGCCCCAGUCGGAGCCUCCUGCCAGGAGGGAGGAGCGGUCUGGUCGGGUCGACAUAGAAGGCUUAAUCGAAAAGCCGAAAUAGGUCCUGCGCCCAUAGCAACGGCUCCUUCUGUGCCAGCGCUCCUCCCUCAUGCAGUUCCCACGGUUCGUUUCUGAGGAUUUUCGAGUCUCAUUCCAGCGCCCAGCACACUUUGUGUUUUUAAGUCAGGUGUCAAGUCUUCUUUUUCUGUGCUCGGGUCCUUUAUCCUUUUCAAAGAUACCACCUGUACAACCAACGC